AUGGAGCACUCGUCGGUCCUCCGUAAUUGGUCACGCAACAUCCCGAAGAAAACGGUCGUCAUCUACACCAACAAUGACGAGAAGGAGUGUAAGGGGCUGAUGAAUAACUUCUCGAAGCUCAAGGUCCCCCACAAACUUCGAGACACAUACCCCGCCAAGGCAGCAGCGCUCAAGGCAGGGACUGAGCUGUUGUUGAUGAAGAACUUUACACAACUCAAGCGCUCCGAGUUGUUCAAGAACACCGACGCAGGCCAGUGGACUCAAGCUCGACAGAUCCUUGUGAUAUACCUCCGCGACUAUCAGUUGGACGCAUUUCUUGAAAUGGAAGACAACGGUCUCUACGAGAAUACUGCAUGUGUGGAUGGGCCCUCAGGAUCAGGCAAGUCUUACUUGGCUUUCACUGUUGCGGUGGCAUACAAGGAAUACAGGAUCGAGAAAGCCGCAAUGCGAGCUGCGAAGGAUGCAGGUAUUGAAGUCGAACCUGAGACGAAGCGUACGUCCUUCAAAGACGACCUCGUGCCUCCAAAGCCAGAGGAAGACAGCCCAGAGACCUAUACCAAACAGCCAGGCCGCAUCACAUUCUGCGGUAUCCAGAACGAUACGGUCGACGAGGUGUACCGUGUCCUUCGUACUAUCACCCCCGAGUUUAUGAAGGAGAUGAAGAUGCCUCCCAAACUCGUCCUCCGCAUCCACUCCUCGAAUUCAGAGAUCGAUGCCGUUGUCGCUAUGUCACGCCCAUUCUUCGAUCCGGAUGAGAAGGAAAUGCCUUAUCACUACAAUCCAAACAUCAAGGUGACAGACGGCUUACCUCGUAGUCUUUUGGACGCCUAUCUCAUCCACUACCGCGGCAUUAGCGAUAAUUCACUCUGCAACCGUCGCAUGAAGGAAGUUGACGGGUCUGCUGCGAACUAUAUCCUAGAGCUCGCCAACCACCCUGGUUUUCCUCGCUCGCCAGAAGUGCUCGCAACAUUCACAAGCGAAGAACUUGCAGACCUCGAGGACAAGUUGACCCCGAUCCUCAGUGCUCAUGAACAACUCUUGGCGAACGGAAAUGUGAUGGACAAUGACACCAAGCGUGCUGUCAAGUCUGCAGCAAAGACCGGAUACUAUCCUCUGCUGGAGAAGGCAGCAGCAAAUGUGGCGAAUAUCAUGCUGAGCGUUCUGCUCUUCUCUCCCAGCCGUAGUGUGCACUACGUCAAACAGCUUCUUCUGUCGCCUCUCCACCGUCUGCAAGCCACUGGCUUCAACAUGUACGAGCUCAAGCAGACAUCGCGCUUCGAGAACAAGCCUCUGUUGGACCUAUGCGCUCUGCGAUCUCUCCACGUCCUACGCCGACAUCAACAAGAAGAUCUGGCAUAUCGACAGCAACCUGAUCUUUUUCAAUGUCGUAGACGCCACUACAGUGCCGAAGCCUGGGAUUUGGACGUAUACAAACCAUCGCACAAAGUUCUUGACGUCUCCAACCGCAUCUGGGACUUGACAUUGCGCAAGUUGUAUCCGCAGACCACAGAACAUAAUUAUUUCAAGAGUCUGUAUGGUAGGCUCAGGUCUGGAGACAAGCUCUUCCUGAUAUGCUUCCGACACAACGAGCUUCCAUGCACGAGCAAUGGUCUCACCCAUCGUACGCAGAUGCCCGAGUUGUGCGACGACUUGCGCAUCGUUAUGCAGAACUCACCAUACAUCUCCAUGCUCAUUCGUAGCUCCGGCGUAGACUCAGAAGUCGAAUCUGUUGUUGGUGCAUGGAAAGAGCUCACAGAGUAUGAUCCCACGUCGGUCGUCUACAAGGACCUGAACAACCCGCAGAUGUGCGACUCCGGUAUCAAGCCGACAUGUGAAUUUCCCAAGUUUACUGCUCCCGCCCGAUAUGUGGUCGAGACUGGACGCCACUACAGUUAA